AUGGGUUUUGGCGGGAAGAAGCCCGAGACUGCGACUGAGACGAUAGAUAUUUCCGAUUCAAGCAGCAGCGCGAGCAACGUCUCUCUUGCUCCUUCUACCCCCGCGAGCUCCGUCUCGCUCUCAAACCCAGACAAGGUCGUCAAUCCUGCUCAGUUCUUUAUGUAUGGUCAUCCUGGACCCCACGUCGACUUUGAUUUCCGCCAGGAAUACAUCUCCGCGUUCGACCGCCGCAUGCGCAAUCCCGCAUACGUGAUCGAGCACAUCACUCCCCAGAGUAUCGCCAAAAACGGAGCCGUGGAUCGCAAGAAAUCGGUGUUUAAGGAGAAUGAGGCAAUUCCGCUCAAGUUCCGGGCUAAGUUGGCGGACUAUUUCCGGAGCGGGUAUGAUCGUGGACAUAUGGCCCCGGCCGCGAACGCAAAGUUCUCGCAGGAUGCUAUGGACGAGACUUUUUACUUGACGAAUAUGGCGCCCCAGGUUGGCGAUGGAUUCAACCGUGACUACUGGGCGCAUUUCGAGGAUUUCUGCCGCCGCCUCACGCAAUCCUACAACUCAGUCCGUAUCGUCACCGGCCCGUUGUACCUCCCCAAACGGCACCCUGACGGCAAAUACAGAGUGACCUACGAAGUCAUCGGCAACCCACCCAACAUCGCCGUUCCGACUCAUUUCUACAAACUUAUCCUCGCCGAAUCCCCCGCAAAGGACCCAUCCUCGAGCGACGUCGCCGUCGGCGCGUUCAUAAUGCCAAACGACGUGAUCCGGAACGAUACCGCGCUCAAGUCGUUCUAUGUCCCGGUCGAUGCUAUCGAACGCAGCGCGGGUCUGGAUUUCUUGGCAAAUCUGCCGAUGAAUAGACGGAAGGACCUGUGCAGGGAGGUCAAGUGCGAGAUUGUCGUGCGCGAGUUUAUAAAGGCGUUGCCGGCUCCGGCACAGCCGCUCGGACUUCCUGCCCCCAGAAGCUAA